CUAUUUUCGCUCCGUUUCUUCUUCCCCAUCUGCAGACGUUUCAAUUCUUUCGUAUUCCAUCUUCCUCUUCAAUUACGGAGUAUUACUUUGUAAAUCAGGCAUCUGCAACUUUUGUUCCUCAUGGCCUCCCCAGAGAUCCAUUUUCUUCGCCGGUCCACAUCGGGGUAGAGACCAGACUAAGGACUCGCCGGACUAUGGUCGUUUGCCCCAAGGGACCUCCUCCUUCAUGCUCCGUCACUGAGAAGAUCGUGGGAUUUGUCUUCAGUCUUCUCCAAUCUCCCGUUCAGGUUCUUUCACCUUGGGGUACAAGUAUAAUUGUUCUUCCUCAUCAUUCAUUAAUUUUAAUUUUAGCAUCACUCUAUUCUUUUCUAGCCGAAGGUAUUACUUUUCAACCCUUUUUGUGAGGUGUCUAAUAGAUCUAGAGGCCAUGAAAACUGUAAUCCGAGACGGAUAGUAGGCCAUGUGACUAUGGGGGUUGGCUUGGGCAUUUGGUGUUGGCUUUGCGUUUUAAAUACUUUUUGGAGAAAAAGGAUUUUGACAUUGUAUUUGGGGGAGGGAAUGCUCAGAUUUAGUGAGUAGUGGCUAACAAGCUGCAUUUUAUGGUAUCUAAGUAGUUAUGGAACCAAUGGAAGUGUUUCACAUUGGCUGCAGUCCUGGGUUCAUUUUUCCAUGCUAAAUUCACAAUUGAUGGGCAUGGGGCUGUUGUUUUAAGGCUAUAGAUGGCAAUGGUAUUUAGUUAUUUUGACAUUAGUGUUACUCUUAGGGUCAUAGAUAUUUAGAUUUAAGAGUUUAUACUCUUUAAGAGUUUGUUCGUUUUAGUCCUCCCCGCACCAUGAACAGCGUCUGUUCUCAGUUUUUGUUAAGAGGUUUGAGAAGUUGAUGCUGCCAUUCCUUAUUAUAAGCAUGUUUUUUUUUAUUACUUUUCCUGGAUGAAUGAUCAAAGUGGAUUCUAUAUUAUUAUAUAUCAGUGCUGGUUGGUUCAAUGUAUAAGAAAUUUAAAAAUAAAUCCUAUAUAUUCCCAUGUCAGUUAAAAAAACACAACCUACAAUCAGGAGUAUUACACAAAUAAAGUGUGAAUAAGCAACAUAGCAUUGGACAAAUGUGCUUCGUGCAUCAUAGAACAACAAAUCUUAUGAUUCAAAUGGACACACAGAGGCAAAUACUCUAAAACACACUUUGCACCAUUAGGUCUUUGUGAAAUCUGAAUAAUAACUACUGAAAUAAAGGGUGACAUAGAUUUCCUUCUCAGGAUACUAACUUAACUUGAGAUUCUUAACUGCACCAUUACCUCUGUGUAUCAUAUUUGCCAACAGACACACAACACUGCUUAUAAAUUCUUAUCCAGUAUGUAAACAGGAGGGUGGAGGAGUGUUUUGGAUUUGGAGUGACUUCUCAUUUGUGUUUUACUACUUCACUUUUUAGAUCAAGUAAUCUAUUGUUUUUUAUAGAAUUUAUUCCUUAUACAUGUGCAAAUAUUAGUAAAUUAAUAUUCUGUGACUAGUGUCUUGUGGCAACGCCAUAUAUGCGCCAUCGCCAUGCGAUAUUGGCCCAUCGCCAUGAAUGUCGCCAUGCGACAUGACAACUAUGUUGUGCACGUUUGGUGAAUACAUGAAGUACUUAGAAAUCAAAUUUGUUCCGGGUAUACCCAAAAACAUUUCACAACCAGACUUAUAUUAGAAAUUUUCUUCUGUAUCAUGAAGCAACAACUGAUAUUUGGAUUUACUGAAAAUUUGAUUAAUCCGUUUAUUUGGGUCGUCCGCCUUUUGGUUCAGUUUUUUACUCAGUAAAUUUCAAUUUAUGUGGCUGAUCUCGCCUAAUAUACUCUCAAUUAUCCUAGAUGGGUGAUCUCAUGUCAUAACACGUAAAGAUAAUACUCCGUAAUUAGUUGUGGGAAACAGAUCAUUAUCGCGUGUAUAGUUGUGUAAAGUAUGAAGUCACCCAUGUGGGGUUAUUCUUUUGAGGGUUGUUAUGGGAGUACUUUUUCUUGAGAACAGUUAAAUCUUGAAAACUAAGAUGAACAGAGAUAAAAAAAAAGACUACAAUUUUGAGGAUGAAGAAUAAAAGUUUGAAGAAAGUUUUGCAAUUCAGGUCGAGGGAUUCAAAAUGCAACUGGACUUGCUUUUCCAAAAAAGAUAAUGAUGAAAGCUAGGUAUUAAAGGGAGAGUUUGAAUUAAAAAGUUGAGAAGAUUUGUAAAUAAUUAUUGUUAGACGGAUAAUUUCUUAGCAAUGUAAUAAACUGGGGGUGGGGAUUUAUAAUGGAUAUUAUGGAUAUUGGGUUUGAUAUAUUAUAAAUUUUAGCUGAAUGCCCCAACUUUUGUUACAUGGUAGAUAACCCAUGGGAGAAGUGUAACUGGCCGACCCACACAAGUAAAUUCAAGGACCUAAGGUCCGUCUGAUGAUCUUUUCCCCCAAUCGAUUACGUUUCUCACUCCCCCAAAGACUGCAUUUUAAUGAGGUUUCGGAACAGAAUCAUUUGUUUGUCAUAAAACCUGUGAAUAAGGGUAUAUGCAAUUUUGGUUGCUCGGUUUAUUGAUCAAGCAGAUAUAGCUCUUGGCAUCAAGCAAAUGACUUACCUUCAGUUGAAAUUUGAGAAUAUCUGGAGUUGAAGUGAAUUUCCUUCCCUUAGAUGUUCCUCCUCAACUUUGGUUUGUACCAGAGAGUACUUAACACUAUGUUCUUUCCAACUAAAACAUAUCAAAUUCAAUUGAAGCGAUUUGAAAGUUAGUUGUAAUUGGUAAAUAGCAGCAUUAAACUGAAGUUUCUGAAGUGAAAGUAAGUCGAAAAGAAAAGACUUUAUGGGAAACAAAUGACAUAGUUGUGGUUUUAAAUCAAUAUUUUUUAGUUCUGAUCCUUCCACUGAUAAUUAAUAAACACUGUCAGCAAAUCAUCCAUCGGAUGUCAUAUGCCUGUUUAAGAUAUAUGAUUGUGAACUCCUUCAGUUUUUGUUCAAGGGUACAAACAACAUUUAUUGCUAUGAGUUAAUUAUGUUUUCAUUAAUAUGACAUGCCCUGCGAUAUAGGAUUCACAAAAGGUUUAUAUAGUGUUGGUGUACUGUCCAGGGGGUGAUCUUUCUAUCUACACCGAACAACGCAAUGGGAGAAUUCCAGAACCAACUGCAGAACAUUUUAUGCAGCACCUAGCAUCGGGCCUUAGAGUUCUUUGUGAAAACAACUUAAUACACCAGGACAUUAAACCACAGGUUUGCUUUUACAACUAACACGGAUUAAUGAAUUUAGCUGCCUCUCUUCUUUUACAGCAUAGGUUUGUUGUAUUUUCCCUUUAAAGAAUGUGAUAAAAGCUUUUUAUUGGAUUAAGGAACUACACAGCUUCUGUAUUGCUCACAUUCUCAUCAUUGUAGCCUAUCCCUACACACCUUCUGUAUUUUCACUUUAGUAUGCCAUUGUAUUCUUUGUUUUUUUAAGUGAGCAUGUGGUAGUAGCCUCUUUUCUUAAAUUUUAAUUUGUUUUAAAUGCCUAUUCGUAGAAUUGAGGUUAUGUGUGCUAGAAUGAACUAAAAUCAGCUUUAUUCACUUCUUGAAUGCUGAAUUUGUGUUCCAAAUGUUGUUUUCAUGACAUUUCAGGCCUAUUUUUCAAACAGAAUUCAUUUUGACACUAUUUUAAGCAUAUAUUCUUGCUGAUUUGAGUAUCCAAUUGGUCAUAUAUGUUGCACAUGUGCUGAUUUAUUCAUUUUUUUUAUAAGUACAACAUGUAUGGUUUCAUUAUGCAAAGAGUUGUGUGCUGAUGUGGAUGCACUUCAAGGUAAAUAUGCAAGAAAAAACUGAUUUGUACUUGCUGAUUUUUCAAAAAUUCUGCACUAUUUUGGUUGAGUAUACCUGCUGUUUUUGGGAGAACACAGCAAUUCUGGGAGAACACCAAAAAACAUUCUGAAUGUGAAGUGUCAGACCCAAACCAAUUCUGGGAGAACACCAAAAACAUUCUUCAAGAUGAUAUAUUGCACAAAAGAAGAAAAAUGUACCGCCAUCCAGAAAUCCACCUCACACCAACACAAAUACAAACCUACUGCCGACUGGAGGUUGAUAAAAUUCUGAUGCGCUUUGGUAAAACACUAUCCGACUUCCCCUCCCUGCCGCAACCUAGCAUCAGUGGGAUCAGUUCAUUGGAUAAUCGAAUGAUCAGAGAGGAACUAAGCUACAACAUAGCUGAGUUGCAGGCUAUCCACACACAAAAUAAAACUCUUCUCAAUGUUGAACAAUUGAAAGCCUACAAUGCCGUCAUCACUGCUGUUGAAACAGGACAGGGAGGAGUCUUCUUUGUAUAUGGUCAUGGUGGAACAGGGAAAACAUUCCUGUACUCCACUAUAGCUGCUAAAAUUCGAAGUGAACAAAAAAUUGUUCUAACUGUCGCAUCGUCAGGAAUUGCAGCCCUUCUGUUGCCAGACACAGCAGAUUUGAUAUCCCUAUAGAAUUAUUUGAGGGAAGCACAUGUGGGGUUCGACAACAAACUCAAUUGGCAGGCCUAUUGAAAACCUGCUCAUUAAUAAUAUGGGAUGAAGCUCCAAUGGCAAACAAACUAGCAUUUGAAGCAGUAGACCGCACACUAAAGGAUAUUGUAUCCUCUGACAAUAAAGCAGCAGGCCAACUACCAUUCGGAGGUAAAACAAUGCUAAUGGGGGGCGACUUUCGCCAAAUAUUGCCGGUAAUCACAAAGGGAAGGCGUCCAGAUAUUGUACUCGCAACAUUGAACCGCUCAUACAUUUGGGAAAGCUGCGUUGUCUACACACUCAAAACCAGUAUGAGAAUACAAGACAAUGCCACUGAUGGGACAACAAUCAGCAAAAACAAGGCCUUUAACACGUGGUUACUGCAAAUGGGUAAUGGCACACUACCAGCACAGGCCAGAGAAGACGAGAAUGACCCAACGUGGAUAGAGAUACCUGAAGAACAUCAUGUGAUGUUAACAUCAGACCACAUCUCGGACAUAAUCAGCCACACAUACCCAGACUUCAAGUAAAAGUGGAAUACAGAAUGCUACCUAAAAGAAAGAGCAAUCUUGACCCCGUUAAAUGACACUGCAGAGGAACUCAACCAGCAAAUAUUCAAACAAGUACCUGGAGAUGAAAAGUCAUACAAGAGCUGCGAUGAAAUAUGCAAAGCAUCCCAGGAUACAAACGAUGUGGAAGUAGGCUACCCAACCGAAUUUCUCAACACCCUCACAUUCCCUGGAAUGCCCCCUCACAUACUAACUCUCAAGGAAGGAAUACCUGUGUUAAUGCUUCGAAACAUCAACCCAGGACUUGGAUUGUUCAAUGGGACGAGAUUGGUUAUCACUCACUUGGGCCAACAUAUUACACGUGCAAGAAUAAUAACUGGAAAGAACAUAGGCAGUGUAGUGGACAUACCAAGAAUAAUAAUAACCUCCAACAAUG